CCGGAGCAAAGUGGCAGCUCUGCCCCUUCCCUGCUGCCCCAGCGCCGCUGCGCAGGGAGGCGGGUGGAGGAGGAGAGGGAAGGGUUACCCGGCACGGCUGCCUGUUAAAGAGAAACAGCUCCGCUGCCUCCGGAGGAUGAGCAGAAGGAGCUGUGGCAGAUAAGCACCGGCGAGCUGAGGAUGUGAGGAGCGGGCUCGCUGGUGGUGCGGGAGCCCGAGCGGGGACCACCGAUGGUCACCGGCCCCCCGAGCCCCCCGGCGAGCCCCCGGAGCCUCUCGCCUCUGCUGAGCUUCGAUGACCAUCGGCAGCAGCAUGAGCAGCGGGUACUGUAGCUUGGAUGAAGACCUCGAGGAUUGUUUUUUCACAGCGAAAACCUCUUUUUUCCGGAGCGCCCCGAGCAAGGUCCCUGCCAAGAAUGUGACACAAACAGUAGAAGAAGAAAAACCCGAGCCUCCGACCGUCCAGGAGAUCAAACAGAAAAUUGAAAAAUACAAUGCCAAAGUUACAAACUGCCUGUUGAUGAAGCUGAACGACGAUGGGACGUACACAGGUUUCAUUAAAGUGCAUUUGAAACUGUGCCGGCCCGUGACGGUGCCGGCGGGGAUCCGGCCCCAGUCCAUCUACGACGCCCUCAAGGAGGUGAACCUGGCCGACAUGACGGACAAGAGAACCUCCUUCUACUUGCCGCUGGAUGCCAUCAAGCAGCUCCACAUCAGCAGCACGACGACGGUGAGCGAGGUGAUCCAGGGGCUCCUGAAGAAAUUCAUGGUGGUGGAUAAUCCUCAGAAGUUUGCACUUUUCAAGGAGAUGCGGAAAGAUGGGCAAGUGCUCUUCCAGAAGCUCCCUCUCACUGAGUACCCCCUGUACCUCAGGCUGCUGGCGGGCCCUGACACAGACGUGCUCAGUUUCGUGCUGAAGGAAAAUGAAACAGGGGAAGUUGAGUGGGACGCGUUCUCUAUCCCAGAGCUACAGAACUUCUUGAUGAUACUGGACAAAGAAGAAAAGGACAAAAUCCAGCAAGUGCAAAGGAAGUACGAGAAGUUUAAACAGAGACUGCAACAGACCUUGAAAGAAGCCAGAGGCAAGCCUGGAUAACCCUUCAGGAGGUGCUGGGCAUCAGACUAAGCUAGAUACUAUUUUUAAAAUGAAAAGACGCUUCUCAGGACACCUUAUAGCAGUCAGUCUCCCUUUUCAUCCUUCCAUUAAGGACUGGCUCACAGCACCCAUAAAACGAACAUAUUGCAUUUUCUCCUUCUGAAACCUCUUAUCCCAGGACGAGAGCCAGGCAAAGAACGGGAAGCCUGUUUCAAAACCGUGCCCGUCACCAAACCAACCACGCAGCUGCUGGUUCGCUUUUCAGCUGUACCAUCAGAUGGAGAAGCUUCGUGGGAAACGCUCAGUGUUAAACCCAAGGGGAACAUCUCCUGGUUAAUGUUUUGAGCGGGGCCACGCGUGCUGUUCACACUCCUCCCAGCAACCUGCUUCGUUCUGGUUCGGCGGGGCCGCGGCUCAUUGCCUGUGCCCAUGCGGCCGAGUUCUCAUUUCGUAAGUAGAGCACAGGAAGCUUCAAGAUAAAAGCAGAGGAGGUUGUUGCACCAAACCACGUGGGUAUUGCAGCUGUAACCAAUGCUGGAUGGACUUGUUCAGGGCUAAGGUAGGCAGGGAGAUGUAAAGUUGUGACACCAAGGCAGCUGCAACACCCAAACAGUCUGUUAGUAAGUAUUAUUGAAACUUGGCAAUGUUAAUUUCUAGGAAAGUCAUCCAUUUUGCUUCUAUUUAACUUCCCAUUUUGAAGGCAGAUGUGAAUUAAAGCAAAUACCCCCGACGCUUCGCUAAGUUAGCCGGUGUUUUACCAGUUCUCUACUCUGUAGGAAUCGGGACCUGUGUUUUAAGAAAUUCUGUUUGAAAAGCGUGAAGAUGAUGGGGCAUAGUCCAACGGUUUGAUACUGAACAUUUAGCAAUACAUAUCCAACAGACCAACCUGGGAAAACUCCAACCCCUUCACAUAUCAAACCGAUUUUGAGCUCCGAACGGGUCUGGCACCAAGACCUGCGUGGGGAAGCUUUAGCACCCAGAAGGGUGAGGGAACCACGAACCUCAGAUGCUCUCUGCUUCCUCCUGCUACUCCUCCUUGCACUUCCCACCGCUCCUGCCCGGGACACACCAUCCUCUCCCUCCCUGUGCUGCUCUCGCCGUGUCGUGUUCUCCUUCCCCCCCUUCCCCGCUCGCCACCGGUGCUCUGCCUGCACGUGCAGGAAGGUUACCAGGGUCUGCUCUCUACGUGGAGCUAGGAGAGGACAGCGAGUCCCUCUCCCCCUCUCUCAGGGCUCCCCCAUCUCUGAUGCGCACGCUGCGCAUCCCUCAUACAAAUCCUUCAGCUGGAGCAUCAGUCGCUGCCCUAACUCUGCCCGGAGACCUUGACCUUGCUGACGCCCGGCAGCGGGGGGCUGCAGGGUGAGGCAGGUCCCGGGGAUGCCAGCCUGAGAGAGGAUGGGUCCCACGUUUACUCUCCGUGCUCGGCACACCGUGCACAGCCGGGUUCGGCCUUCCCUCUGUUUACACAGGACACGGCAACAAAGCGUAGCGAGAAAAAGAACCGUUACCACUGGUCGGGCUCAGGCAGGGCCCGAACAAGUGUCCCUCCGAGCUGGCUGUAGGCUGCUGUGACGCCACCUGCAUGAAGUAGGGAGGGAGGCAACAGGUUAUUGGGUAACAGUUACCACAGAGACAACGUGGAGGAGUCUAAAAUUUACCUCAGUGCCUUUUUUUUUUUUUUUUUUUUUUUUUUUUUUUUUUUUACCUCUGCAUUUGGGCUAAGGAAGAAGUUGGAAGGGGCUUUGGGGCUUCUGUCAAGAGGCCUUGUCACUCCUGUCCCCCCCAGUUACCCGAAGUACCCUUGUGAUGAGGCUGCUCUUGUAGAGGGACAAGGAACUGUUUUGUUUCUUUCCUGCAGGUGACUGCUUGGUAAUUUUUAUUUUUUUUUAAUUCCUCCCCCUCCCCGAUUUCUACUGGAGUAUAUUUGUUUAUAAACCCUACGAGAGUAACUGCAUCACUUAGAGCCCCUCGGUUUGUAUAAAUGCCACUCUCUGCAAGCUUAGUGCCAGCUCGUGUUCGAGUCAGCAGCGUAACAGGGCUCGGGCCCGCGGCGCAGGACGGGCCUCCCAGCUGUACUGUAUCUACACCCAGAUGACCUUUAACAGCGUGACAGCAGCCCCAAAAGCAGCAGUUUUCAUGCUUUGGGGCUGUUUGUCCAUUUCCAAGAAUACUGAUUACUUCACUAUGCACUUGUGAAGUAAUUCAAAUAACAUUUAUCUAGUGCUGCGAGUCUUGAAGCACUGUAUAAAUACUUCUGUUCGGUCAAGAGGAAGACCACGGUAAAAACUGCCAUUGGUUCUGAGAGGUAAGAUCCAGAUGCUUGUUUUUUAAAUCCCUUCUCGUUCUGGCUAAAAGUUGUAAAGAUUUCCUUUUUGUUGUUGUUUUCUACUAGUUUUGGUGACUGUCUCCCCCUCCCCUCCCGGCACCCAGCAUGUCUUUGACAUUUUGUAGAAGGCAUGGCUUCUUAUGCAAUUACCGUGAAUGCUGCUGAAACCCUCCUGCAAAGCGGAGGGCUGUUUCUUUCUUUUGGUUUUUUUGUGUUUUUUUUUUUUUCAAGAUACGGGGCGUUUGAAGAACAGGUAGAUCUUGAAACUCAAAUUCUCAACAGUCAGUUGAGCUGUUUAGGACAGAAGCGUUGGCCCCUUCCUUAAGCGCAAAAUACUGUUGGCAGUGCCUUUGGUUAGUAUAUUGUCUUGCCUGGUUUGUGUGAAUUUAUUUUUCUGUCUGUUGUAAAACAUGUAAAAUAAUGUGUAUAGAAUGGAAUAGUAAAGCUUCUAUGGCAAAGUGAAAUGCAUUUUUGCAAUGCUGUAAUUUAUUUUUACUACUCCCUAGUAAUUCCAUGGCAUUUUUAAAAAAUGUCUCACUUUUCAGCUUUUUCGAAGGUUCUGAAACUACUUGUUCAUAUGUAGACAGUGUAAAAGACAACGAUAAUAAAACUGUCAGUAAUCAAACAAA